AUGUCGGACGACGACGACUUCAUGCAAGAUUCCGAGGAGGAGAACUACGACUUCGAAUAUGAAGACGAUGACGACCAAGAUCAGAGUGGCGAUGUCGACGUCGAGAACAAAUACUACAACGCAAAGCAGAUGAAGGUGGACAACCCGGAAGAAGCGAUCGACGAAUUUCUUGGUGUACCUGCAUUGGAAGAAGAGAAGGGAGAUUGGGGUUUCAAAGGUCUCAAGCAAGCUAUCAAGCUUGAGUUCAAACUUGGCCGCUAUGAUAAGGCAGUCGAGCAUUACACAGAGCUGCUGACCUAUGUGAAAUCGGCCGUCACCCGCAACUAUUCCGAAAAGUCGAUAAACAACAUGCUUGAUUUCAUCGAGAAAAACGCAGACGACGAAGCUGCAAAUCAGUGCAUGGAAAAGUUUUAUUCCAAGACACUCGACUCAUUCCAGGCAACAAAUAAUGAGAGAUUAUGGUUGUCAACGAACACCAAGCUCGCCCGGCUAUGGCUAGCUCAGAAGGACUAUGCUCGCCUUACAGGUAAAGUGCGAGAAUUGCACAAAGCUUGUCAGCGAGAGGAUGGAUCAGAUGAUCCAAGCAAAGGCACAUAUUCUCUGGAAGCAUAUGCUCUGGAAAUCCAGAUGUUCGCCGAGACGCGAAAUAAUAAACGGCUAAAGGGCUUGUAUCAACGCGCAUUACGAGUACGCUCAGCUGUCCCACACCCUAAGAUUAUGGGCAUCAUCAGAGAGUGUGGCGGCAAGAUGCAUAUGAGCGAAGAGAAUUGGAAGGACGCACAAAGCGACUUUUUCGAAUCGUUCCGCAAUUACGACGAGGCCGGUUCAUUGCAUCGCAUUCAGGUGCUCAAAUACCUCGUGCUCACCACCAUGUUGAUGGGGUCCGAUAUCAAUCCGUUUGACUCGCAGGAGACGAAGCCUUACAAGAAUGACCCGCGUAUCGCAGCUAUGACCGAGCUUGUUGACGCUUACCAGAGGGAUGACAUUGAUCAGUACGGUUUGGUGCUACAGAAAAACCGCGAUCUCCUGGCCGAUCCGUUCAUCGCCGAAAACAUUGACGAGGUCACGCGGAACAUGCGCACCAAGGCAGUUGUGAAGCUCGUUGCACCUUACACACGCUUCCGAUUGGACUUUAUCGCCAAAAGAUUGUCAAUUACCAUCCCUGAAGUGCAGGACAUCGUCGGAUUUCUUAUCCUCGAUAAGAAACUGCAUGGUAAGAUUAACCAGGAUGCGGGGACUGUAGAAAUUGAGAACCGCGCGGAUUUGGAUCGUAUGCGCGCGGUCGCUUCCUGGACCGGUGCCAUUCAGUCUCUAGCAUCAUUAGUCCUCAACGAGAGCGAUGGCUUCAAGGUUGAUGAGUCUGGAGCGGGCUCAACAGGACUUGAUGCAGAUCUUCGGGAAAUGUCAUCAACCGCCUAUGCCAAGGCUACUAUAGGAUCGCACAGUGGCAGACGGAAAGGUCGCGGUCGAGGAUGA